CAUCGGUGUUGGCAUCAUGUCGAACUACAUUGUGCUGAUUGUAGUUGUUGCUGUCAUUGGCUUGGCAUGGGUUGAAGCAAUGCCUACCAAGGAUAGUGACAGGGUACAAGAAGUAGCGACAGAGGACGCGGAUUCCGUCGGUCAAAGCCACACAGAUAGUGUAUGCAGCGAAAAUGAACAUUACAACAACACGCGUGAAGAUUGUGAAGAGCACUGCCAGGGUGGCCCUGUAAGAGUUUGCUCGGGGGUCCAGAAUUUCUGUUGGUGCAACAAGGGUUACAUACGGGAUUCAUCAUGGAAUUGUAUGAAAAUUGAAGAUUGCCCGAAGGAUGAAAAACUGAAAUCAGGAACUAUGACAUCCAGUGGCGACAACGUUUUCUCAAUGGUUAGCAACGUAAAAAAAGCAGCGACAGAAGACGCGGAUUCCAGCGGUUCAUCCCACACACAUGGUGUAUGCAGCGAAAAUGAACAUUACAACAACACGCGUGAAGAUUGUGAAGAGCACUGCCAGGGUGGCCCUGUAAGAGUUUGCUCGGGGGUCCAGAAUUUCUGUUGGUGCAACAAGGGUUACAUACGGGAUUCAUCAUGGAAUUGUAUGAAAAUUGAAGAUUGCCCGAAGGAUGAAAAACUGAAAUCAGGAACUAUGACAUCCAGUGGCGACAACGUUUUCUCAAUGGUUAGCAACGUAAAAAAAGCAGCGACAGAAGACGCGGAUUCCAGCGGUUCAUCCCACACACAUGGUGUAUGCAGCGAAAAUGAACAUUACAACAACACGCGUGAAGAUUGUGAAGAGCACUGCCAGGGUGGCCCUGUAAGAGUUUGCUCGGGGGUCCAGAAUUUCUGUUGGUGCAACAAGGGUUACAUACGGGAUUCAUCAUGGAAUUGUAUGAAAAUUGAAGAUUGCCCGAAGGAUGAAAAACUGAAAUCAGGAACUAUGACAUCCAGUGGCGACAACGUUUUCUCAAUGGUUAGCAACGUAAAAAAAGCAGCGACAGAAGACGCGGAUUCCAGCGGUUCAUCCCACACACAUGGUGUAUGCAGCGAAAAUGAACAUUACAACAACACGCGUGAAGAUUGUGAAGAGCACUGCCAGGGUGGCCCUGUAAGAGUUUGCUCGGGGGUCCAGAAUUUCUGUUGGUGCAACAAGGGUUACAUACGGGAUUCAUCAUGGAAUUGUAUGAAAAUUGAAGAUUGCCCGAAGGAUGAAAAACUGAAAUCAGGAACUAUGACAUCCAGUGGCGACAACGUUUUCUCAAUGGUUAGCAACGUAAAAAAAGCAGCGACAGAAGACGCGGAUUCCAGCGGUUCAUCCCACACACAUGGUGUAUGCAGCGAAAAUGAACAUUACAACAACACGCGUGAAGAUUGUGAAGAGCACUGCCAGGGUGGCCCUGUAAGAGUUUGCUCGGGGGUCCAGAAUUUCUGUUGGUGCAACAAGGGUUACAUACGGGAUUCAUCAUGGAAUUGUAUGAAAAUUGAAGAUUGCCCGAAGGAUGAAAAACUGAAAUCAGGAACUAUGACAUCCAGUGGCGACAACGUUUUCUCAAUGGUUAGCAACGUAAAAAAAGCAGCGACAGAAGACGCGGAUUCCAGCGGUUCAUCCCACACACAUGGUGUAUGCAGCGAAAAUGAACAUUACAACAACACGCGUGAAGAUUGUGAAGAGCACUGCCAGGGUGGCCCUGUAAGAGUUUGCUCGGGGGUCCAGAAUUUCUGUUGGUGCAACAAGGGUUACAUACGGGAUUCAUCAUGGAAUUGUAUGAAAAUUGAAGAUUGCCCGAAGGAUGAAAAACUGAAAUCAGGAACUAUGACCUCCAGUGGCGACAACGUUUUCUCAAUGGUUAGCAACGUAAAAAAAGCAGCGACAGAAGACGCGGAUUCCAGCGGUUCAUCCCACACACAUGGUGUAUGCAGCGAAAAUGAACAUUACAACAACACGCGUGAAGAUUGUGAAGAGCACUGCCAGGGUGGCCCUGUAAGAGUUUGCUCGGGGGUCCAGAAUUUCUGUUGGUGCAACAAGGGUUACAUACGGGAUUCAUCAUGGAAUUGUAUGAAAAUUGAAGAUUGCCCGAAGGAUGAAAAACUGAAAUCAGGAACUAUGACAUCCAGUGGCGACAACGUUUUCUCAAUGGUUAGCAACGUAAAAAAAGCAGCGACAGAAGACGCGGAUUCCAGCGGUUCAUCCCACACACAUGGUGUAUGCAGCGAAAAUGAACAUUACGACGACACGCGUGAACAUUGUGAAGAGUACUGCCAGGGUGGCCCUGCAAGAGUUUGCUUCGGGGACCAGAAUUUCUGUUGGUGCAACAAGGGUUACAUACGGGAUCCAUCACAGAAUUGUGUGAAAAUUGAAGAUUGCCCGAAGGAUGAAGAACUGAAAUCAGGAACUGUGACAUCCAGUGGCGACAACGUUUUCUCAAUGGUUACCAACGUAAAAAAAGCAGCGACAGAAGACGCGGAUUCCAGCGGUUCAUCCCACACACAUGGUGUAUGCAGCGAAAAUGAACAUUACGACGACACGCGUGAACAUUGUGAAGAGUACUGCCAGGGUGGCCCUGCAAGAGUUUGCUUCGGGGACCAGAAUUUCUGUUGGUGCAACAAGGGUUACAUACGGGAUCCAUCACAGAAUUGUGUGAAAAUUGAAGAUUGCCCGAAGGAUGAAGAACUGAAAUCAGGAACUAUGACAUCCAGUGGCGACAACGUUUUCUCAAUGGUUAGCAACGUAAAAAAAGCAGCGACAGAAGACGCGGAUUCCAGCGGUUCAUCCCACACACAUGGUGUAUGCAGCGAAAAUGAACAUUACGACGACACGCGUGAACAUUGUGAAGAGUACUGCCAGGGUGGCCCUGCAAGAGUUUGCUUCGGGGACCAGAAUUUCUGUUGGUGCAACAAGGGUUACAUACGGGAUCCAUCACAGAAUUGUGUGAAAAUUGAAGAUUGCCCGAAGGAUGAAGAACUGAAAUCAGGAACUGUGACAUCCAGUGGCGACAACGUUUUCUCAAUGGUUACCAACGUAAAAAAAGCAGCGACAGAAGACGCGGAUUCCAGCGGUUCAUCCCACACACAUGGUGUAUGCAGCGAAAAUGAACAUUACGACGACACGCGUGAACAUUGUGAAGAGUACUGCCAGGGUGGCCCUGCAAGAGUUUGCUUCGGGGACCAGAAUUUCUGUUGGUGCAACAAGGGUUACAUACGGGAUCCAUCACAGAAUUGUGUGAAAAUUGAAGAUUGCCCGAAGGAUGAAGAACUGAAAUCAGGAACUGUGACAUCCAGUGGCGACAACGUUUUCUCAAUGGUUAGCAACGUAAAAAAAGCAGCGACAGAAGACGCGGAUUCCAGCGGUUCAUCCCACACACAUGGUGUAUGCAGCGAAAAUGAACAUUACGACGACACGCGUGAACAUUGUGAAGAGUACUGCCAGGGUGGCCCUGCAAGAGUUUGCUUCGGGGACCAGAAUUUCUGUUGGUGCAACAAGGGUUACAUACGGGAUCCAUCACAGAAUUGUGUGAAAAUUGAAGAUUGCCCGAAGGAUGAAGAACUGAAAUCAGGAACUGUGACAUCCAGUGGCGACAACGUUUUCUCAAUGGUUAGCAACGUAAAAAAAGCAGCGACAGAAGACGCGGAUUCCAGCCGUUCAUCCCACACACAUGGUGUAUGCAGCGAAAAUGAACAUUACGACGACACGCGUGAACAUUGUGAAGAGUACUGCCAGGGUGGCCCUGCAAGAGUUUGCUUCGGGGACCAGAAUUUCUGUUGGUGCAACAAGGGUUACAUACGGGAUCCAUCACAGAAUUGUGUGAAAAUUGAAGAUUGCCCGAAGGAUGAAGAACUGAAAUCAGGAACUGUGACAUCCAGUGGCGACAACGUUUUCUCAAUGGUUAGCAACGUAAAAACAGACGCGACAGAAGACGCGGAUUCCAGCGGUUCAUCCCACACACAUGGUGUAUGCAGCGAAAAUGAACAUUACGACGACACGCGUGAACAUUGUGAAGAGUACUGCCAGGGUGGCCCUGCAAGAGUUUGCUUCGGGUACCAGAAUUUCUGUUGGUGCAACAAGGGUUACAUACGGGAUCCAUCACAGAAUUGUGUGAAAAUUGAAGAUUGCCCGAAGGAUGAAGAACUGAAAUCAGGAACUGUGACAUCCAGUGGCGACAACGAUUUUUCAAAACGGUUGGAAACUGUUCGGAAAUCAGAUUCAAAUUUUCCAGCUUUACAUAUCUCCUUGGACAUAGCCGCACCUAUUCGACAAUUCAGCCUAAGAAUUGUUGAAGAUGUUCUUGAUUCCGCGUGUGGAAAAACUGAAAACCUUUCGGCUGUAAAUUAAUUUGAGACUAAAUAGAAAGUACAGUAGGUUAACGGAACAACCCGGGUCAAAACAUUUGAUCUGGUUUAAAUUAACUAAUAAUUCUAAGUUAUUUUUAUUCAAUUUUAUUUUUUCUUUAUAUUUAAUAAAUAUGUAAAAUUUAAUCUAGUUUUGCCCUUACUAUUCAUUAUUUAGACCAUUUUCAGACUUAUUUUCAAUAAUUUUUGGUGAGUUUU